UCAUGGUAUUCAUACAUCAUACUAAAAUAAAAAACAUAAUGAUACCCAAUACCAGAAUCCUCUUCUUCGUAGUAUCUGCCGCCGCCGCCAUUCUUCUCGUCGCCGCCACGACAACCACCGACCGCCAUUACCUCUCAAGUCUCUGCCAUGGCGCUCUGAACCCGGACACCUGCCGGAGUUUCGUCUACGAAGCGGCGGCCUCCGGCGCUCCGCCGACGCCGACCGCCCUGCUGAAGAAGAUGCUCAUCAACCAUCUCCGUUACAUCAACUCCGCCGCUUCUCAGACACAAAAACUCAAAAACCAGAUCAACGGCCGCCGGCGCCGGUCAGGCGACCUCUCCGAUUGCCUCGAGUUAUUCGACCUGUCGAAUGAUCUUGUCUUGAAUUCCUUCCACGCCCUCGAGGAUCAAUCCGCCGCGUCGCGCGCCGAUGCUCGAGCUUGGCUCAGCGCCGCGCUAGCCAACCAUGUCACCUGCUUCGACGGGCUUCGCAAUUCCCGCCGGCAAAUUCUCCGGCCGGUUCUUGAAGAGGUGAUUUCAAGGAAUCGCGCAGCGUUAGCUGUCCUUGCAGCAACUUCGCCGCCGGACGACGAAAUGAUUCGGCUUCCGACGGGGGAGCCGCUGCCGUGGAUCUCGCCGGCGGACAGGAAGCUUCUGCAGAGCGCCGCCGGCGAAGUGAAAGCUGAUGUCACAGUAGCAAAAGACGGGUCGGGGAAGUACAAGACGGUGGCGGAAGCAGUCGCCGCCGCGCCGGAGAAGAGAACUCAGCGGUACGUAAUUCGUGUGAAGAAGGGGACGUACAAAGAGCAAGUCGAGAUUGGGAAGAAGAAACAGAAUUUGAUGAUCAUCGGCGACGGCGCGGAGUCGACGGUCAUCACCGGCGACCUCAACGUCGCCGACGGGUCCACAACUUUCCGAUCAGCCACUCUCUCCGCCGUCGGGGAAGGAUUCAUACUGCAAGACAUAACAGUGCAGAACACGGCGGGGCCGGAAAAGCACCAGGCGGUGGCGCUGCGCGUCGGAGCUGAUAAAUCGGUGAUAAACCGGUGCCGGAUCGAGGCUUUCCAGGACACGCUCUAUGCGCACUCCCUGCGGCAAUUUUACAGAGAAUGCAACAUCACUGGCACCGUCGACUACAUCUUCGGCGACGCGGCGGCGGUGUUCCAGAAAUGCGCGGUGGUGGCGCGGCGGCCGAUGAAGGGGCAGAAGAACAUGGUGACGGCGCAGGGGAGGACAGAUCCGAACCAGAACACAGGGAUUUCGAUCCAAGGCUGCAAAAUCGUGGCGAGCGAGGAUUUGGAGGCGGCGAAGAGGGAGUUCAGGACGUACCUGGGGAGGCCAUGGAAGAAUUUCUCGAGGACGGUGGUGAUGGAGUCGUACGUCGGAGAUCACGUGGAUCCGGCGGGGUGGUCGGAGUGGGAUGGGGACUUUGCGCUGAAGACGUUGUACUAUGGGGAGUAUUUGAACGGAGGUCCCGGAGCGGGAACGGCAGGGAGGGUGAAGUGGGAGGGGUAUCACGUGAUUACCGACCCGGCGGAGGCGAUGAAGUUUACGGUGGGGGAGCUGAUCCAAGGCGGCGCGUGGUUGGACUCCACCGGAGUGGCUUACACCGAAGGCUUGUGAAUGAAUUUGCCGCCGGGUUUUCUUGGGAUCAUUUUAAAAUUUUAAUUAUUAAAUUAAUUAUGGGACUAAAGUCCUUUUGCUUAGAAAGUUGGGAUGUGUAUUACGAUGCAUUACCAAUUCGUUGAUAGUUGUUAAAACGGUUUAUAAAUAAAAUGACUAUUAAGA